CUGAGUUGCUGUGGACCUGGAUAUUCCAUACGCCACGUCAUUCUACUUAAUCAUUAGCUUUUGCGUAUUUUUGGCUCUUCGAAUAUUCCCUCUCUUCACCCUCCUCCCAAUAAAAAUCCCAACUUUUGCGUGCAAAUAUCAAAAAGCUCGACGAUUUCAUGGUAAAUCUCAACAGUUGGGUUGAUCGCCGUGGAGAUUUGAUUUGAAUAAUCGAAUGAUCCGUGCCCUUCGCUCUGUACAUGGGCUUGAUGAUGAGGUCAUUUGUGUUGGUUUUGUGUGUGAUUGUUUCAAGCCAAUUUAGCUAUGGCACCGGCUCGCAUAUGGGGGAGCAACCCCUAUCGAGGAUCGCCAUUCACAAAGCCACAUUAGCCACCGACAAUAGCGCCUAUGUCAAAGCGUCUCCUUUAGUUGUUGGAUUGAAUGGCCAAAAUAAGGGGUGGGUCACUUUAGAAUAUAGCCAUCCGAAUCCAUCAAAUGAUGAUUGGAUUGGUGUUUUUUCUCCUGCAGAUUUCAGCGCUUCGAUUUGUGAGCCUGAGAGUGAAAAAGAUUAUCCUCCACUGCUGUGUACAGCCCCUAUUAAGUACCAAUUCGCAAACUUCUCAAAUAACAACUACAGCACAAGUGGAAACGGUUUCUUGAAGCUUCAGUUGAUCAAUCAGAGAGAGGAUUUCUCUUUUGCACUAUUUUCUGGUGGUCUGUCAAGUCCAAAGCUGAUUGCUGUCUCAAAUAAAGUGACUUUUGCUAAUCCAAAGGCCCCAGUUUUCCCACGGUUGGCUCAAGGAAAAAUUUGGAAUGAAAUGGCUGUUACCUGGACAAGUGGAUAUGGCAUUAAUGAGGCAGCACCUUUCGUUGAAUGGGGCCUAGAUGGAGGGGCUCGAACACGUUCACCUGCUGGGACCUUAACUUUCAAACGAAAUAGCAUGUGUGGUUCACCUGCACGAACAGUGGGGUGGCGUGAUCCUGGUUACAUACACACAAGUUUCUUGAAGGAGUUGUGGCCUAAUUCAGUAUAUACAUACAAGCUUGGCCAUAGACUAUUUAAUGGUUCUUAUAUUUGGAGUGAGUCAUACAGCUUUAGAGCAUCACCUUAUCCUGGACAAGACUCUUUACAGCGAGUUAUCAUAUAUGGUGAUAUGGGAAAGGCAGAGGAAGAUGGCUCUAACGAGUACAACAAUUUCCAGCCUGGUUCUCUGAACACUACCUACCAGCUCGUCAAGGACAUAAAGAAUAUCGAUAUAGUUCUGCACAUUGGAGAUAUUUGUUAUGCAAAUGGCUAUAUAUCACAGUGGGAUCAAUUUACAGCACAAGUCGAACCAAUCGCGUCAACCGUACCUUAUAUGAUCGGAAGUGGUAAUCACGAGAGAGAUUGGCCAGGAACAGGAUCCUUCUAUGGCAAUGUUGAUUCAGGUGGAGAAUGUGGUGUUUUAGCUCAAACCAUGUUCUACGUUCCUGCAGAAAACCGAGCCAAAUUCUGGUACUCUACAGAUUAUGGCAUGUUUCGCUUUUGCAUAGCUGACACAGAGCACGACUGGAGGCCGGGGACCGAGCAGUACAAAUUCAUUGAGCACUGUCUUUCCUCAGUCGAUCGAGAAAAGCAGCCGUGGCUGAUCUUCCUUGCCCAUCGAGUGCUCGGCUAUUCAUCGGGCAAUUUCUACGGCAUAGAAGGAUCGUUCGAGGAGCCAAUGGGCAGAGAGAGCCUCCAAGAGCUUUGGCAGAAAUACAAAGUUGACCUUGCCUUCUACGGCCAUGUACACAAUUACGAGAGGACAUGCCCGGUCUACCAGAACCAAUGUGUGCGAAAUGCAUCACACCAUUACAGUGGUCCGUUUUCAGCGACCACUCAUAUAGUUGUCGGAGGAGGAGGUGCGAGCCUCGCCGAAUUCACACCCUUGCGGCCCCAGUGGAGUUAUUUCCAGGACUUCGACUUCGGUUUCGUGAAGCUCACUGCCUUCAACCACUCCACUCUUCUUUUCGAGUACAAGAAGAGCAGCGACGGAAAAGUAUACGAUCACUUCACUAUCUCGCGCGAUUAUCGGGAUGUCUUGACCUGCACUUUCGACAGCUGCUCGCGAUCUACAUUGGCUAGUUGAGAAGGAUUGCGGAUUAAUCAUUUCACGGCGCAAAGAGAUUCUUGGGGUUGGAGCAAUAAAGAUGCAUUGGAAGGGAAUUUCUUAUGCCUUCUUUAGUUUUAUUGUGGUGGAGGACUUUUUAUGGCAAUGUGACAAAACAUAAUGGUGUUUACCGUAGGUAUUGUACUGCAUUAAUGGCCUGUGAUGAAGUGUAUCAUACGCAACAGUGAAAUUUGAACUUUGGUGGAUAGGAUUAACUAGGAAGAGCUAGGAUGGAAAUUUGAGUCAAAGGCAAAAUAAGUUAAUUAUUUUUGUAGUAUUUUAUUCUAUGAUUUUUUAUUAUUUUUUUUU